UUGUUUGUGUUUACAGAAAUAAAUUUGGUGUUAAUCUGUGCUAUUUCUGGGAUGACAUAUUGCCGCCAGGGUGGCUGAGUUUUUAUUUCGUGAAAAGCAUAUGUAUAAAGAAGAGAAAAUAAUAGAUCUUAACUGCGGCACUUUUAAUGAUUAAGUAAGUGAUAACAUUGGCUAAAAGUUCUUCCGUGCGAAAAUUUAGAAGCUUUCUAAGAUGUGACAUGCGAGCGGCCAGCACAGCAACAAAAAAAAAGUUCGGGGACGAGGUUGCGACUUUUUUGGUUUACCAGUUGAAUAUAUCGGGUUGCCGGCCCGUCUGGGUCUGUGAACUUCAAAACAAACGGCCGUUGUAAAGUGAGUACAGUCGAAAAUACCCAAACAAUGCCAAAAAGAAAGUGCAACCAACCAGGGAGAACGUGCAUGUGACUGUCAGCUGAAAUUAUUUUGCGGGAGCAAGCGUACUGUUCUCAAAGUUUACUAGAGAAAAUGAAAUGAAAGGAAGAAUAAUUGUUUUUUCUGUCAUUGGCUGCCCGUUUUGCAUUCGUACAAAAAGUUACUUGGAACAACUUGGCCUAUCUUAUAUAGAUGUUAAUUUAGAUAAAAAUUGUGCUGCCAGACAGCUGGUAAUUGAAAGGACUGGUAAAAAAACUGUUCCACAGAUAUUUUUUAACGAAAUUUAUAUUGGUAGUUGGGGAGACUUAAACAAAUUAGAAAAAGCAGAAUUGGAUCGCUUGAUAAAAUUGGUGCAAGAGAAUGAAGCACCAGAAAGUGCUCCAAAGCCUCCAGUUGCAGUAGAAGAUGACAAGACAUCAAAUCCUUUUGAUUUUCGCUGCGAAUUGGAUGAAUAUGGAGAACUGGUUAAUGAGUUAAGAGAUAGUGGUAUAGUCAAAGAACAUAAGAAAAAUUUGAAAACAUACAAAAAUUCUUUCAUUGGAAAAGAAGCAGUUGAUUGGUUGUCUAUAAAUAAAAAUCUUGAGCGAGAAGCUGCAAUCUCAAUGUGUCAGCAAUUGGUUGAAAGACAUUUUGGCCACAGUGUAAAGAAGGAGUCAGCUUUCAAGGAUGACAAUUCAAUUUAUCGUUUUAUUGAGGAUGACGAAGGAAAAGCAUUAAAUGCUGGUAUACACACACAGUGUGAACCAAGGCCAGCUUCAGACCUUGGAGAGGAGUUACGUCAAUUAAUUUUAUCAAUCUAUAAUUCUCAUCUUUCUUCAGAUGGGAAGAAAAUUGACUACAAAGCAAUUGAGGAAAAUCCAAAGUUUAAAGCGUAUGUACAACACACUGGUAAACUUCAUCGCGUCAAUGUAGAAGGUGCCACUAGAAAGGAAAAACUUGCUUUUUUCAUCAAUAUUUAUAAUGCAUUGGUUAUACAUGCUUUUGUAACUAUAGGACCACCUGUUAAUCUUUGGCAAAGAUAUAAGUUUUUCAACACAGUCUCAUAUGUGAUUGGUGGAUACAACUACUCGUUGAAUGAUAUUGAGAAUGGUGUACUACGUUCAAACCGCAAACCAAUUGGUUCUCUGAAAAAGCCAUUUUCAAAAUCUGAUCCUCGUUUGAAGAUCUCAUUGGCUGAACCAGAACCAAAAAUCCACUUUGCGUUGGUCUGUGGUGCAAAAAGUUGUCCUCCAAUUAAAACAUAUUCAGCGAAGGAUGUUGAUAACCAGUUAAAACUUGCAGCAGAAUCUUUCUUGGAAGGUGAUGGAUGCAUCGUCGACAUGAAGAAAAAAGAAGUGUGUGUCAGUCAAAUUUUAAAAUGGUACAAAGAAGAUUUUGGUUCAAAUAAACACCAGAUUGUUCAAUUUGUACACGAUAACAUGGGAGCGUGCGAAAAAAAGACUCAACUUGCGGAACUUUUAAAAUCCAACAACUUCAAGUUGAAUCACAUACCGUAUGAUUGGGGCAUCAACUCUAAGUGAACAGUAUUUAAAAAAACUUAAAUGUUUAGCAUUAGAUUUAGCAGUAAUAUUCUCUUUGUGUUAGAAAUUAAAUCCAUCUUGAUUUUAUCCACUUGAGUCGAAUCACUUUCAUUCGUUCCUAAAGUUCACUUUAGAUCUCUAACAUAACUUUUAGAGAUAGCUUUGAAAACAGACCUACACAGAACUUUUUCCAUAACAAUUUUUCCAUACAAGUUAUGUUAAAUAAAUAUAUAUAUAUAAAUACAUAUUCAUAAUGAUAAAGUAUUCUGAGUAUAUAAUAGUGUAAUUUAUUUAUUGUUGCAGUUUUAGAUAAGGUAUUUUUUUGUUUUUGCAUUUUGCUUUUGUAAAACGUCGUUUAUUGUUUUUUAUAUCACUGAGCUGUAUAAUUUUUUUAGGAAUUUAUUAUAAUGUAAUUUUAUUGUAUAUUUGACAACUAUACGCAAUAAAUAAAGAACAUAAAGCUAA